UGACCAAAACACACAAACGUUUUACACUAAAACUGGUGGAUUCAAUCCUCGGGGAAAAAGGAGAAAGAAUGUUUGUUCUUGGCUCCAAUUCAGGUUCAAAACAGCCUCUCCUACUCACUCCCUUCCUCUUCACUCUCCCCCGUUUCCCUUCCUUUCUUUCUCUUAAAAUUUCCCUCUCCCACUCUCUUUCUGUCCAACAUCUGGAGGGUAUCAGCUGUGGCUGUGUGACUCCUCUGCUAUGGGACCGCCUGCACUCGGACUUGACUUCAGACUUCAGUGCAUUUCGGCAAAAGUUGGUCGGACGGGACAAGGUAGUGGACCAGAACCUGGCUUUGGCAGACUUUACAGCUUAUACGGAGAGCUUGGCAGUUGACAUGGCCUUCCCCAAGCAUUCCUUCCUGCAGGCCCUGAGUGUCCUGCUCUUGGCUUUGGUGUUGGCGCGUUGCCAGGCUCCUUUGGAAACAGAGGAAGAGGACGAGGAAGAGCGAGUAAAGGAGGCCGCCACUGCAACCGAGGUGACAAAAUCUGAGCCGCUCGAAUGUCCGCCUGAGUGCAGCUGCACGGCAGAAGGGGCGGUGGACUGCGCUGGGGUCGACCUCACGGAGUUCCCCGCCGAACUGCACGAGAACACGCGGCAGCUCUCUCUGCAGAACAACAAAAUUGCAGAGAUAACACUGGAGCACAUUUCCCAUCUGCAUCAGCUUGAGACGCUGAACCUUCAGAACAACUGGCUCACCACCAAUGGCCUUGAAGAUGAAGGUUUUGAGAUGCUUGAGGAACUAGCUUAUUUAUACUUGGCAAAUAACAAGCUCAACUCAGCACCAAAAGUCCUACCACCUUCUUUGGUUAGUGCUGACUUUGCUGCCAAUCAGCUUACAAGGAUCUACCCAUAUACGUUUGGCCAUAAACCAAAACUGAGGUCUGUGUAUCUCCACAACAACAAGUUGUCUGAUGCAGGCCUUCCUGACCAUACCUUCAAUGGCUCUGACAACCUGGAGAUCCUCACUCUGUCCAGCAACUUCCUGCAGGCUGUCCCAAGGAACUUGCCCACCAGCCUUUACCGUCUUCAUUUGAAGAGUAACAAGCUCGAGAAAAUUCCAGAGGGGGCCUUUGACACCUUGCCAAACCUCAGAGAGUUGUAUCUCCAGAACAACCUCCUCAGCAAUGAGGGCAUGGACAACGGAACUUUCAGCCAACUGGGCAGCCUGGAAUGUCUAGACCUGUCAAAUAACAAUCUGAGCGUCUUUCCCGAAGGUCUGCCUCGCAAUCUAGUGCUACUACACCUGGAGAAGAACUCCAUCAGCAGUAUCCCUGGAGGCGCUCUUGCUUCUGUCCGGAACCUUGAGUAUCUGCUACUUCACAACAACAAGCUGCGCUCACGUUCCAUCCACCCGACUGCCUUCCAGGGCUUGAAGAAACUACACACUCUCCAUAUGUACAACAACUUGCUGGAGCGAGUUCCCAGAGGCUUGCCUAAGCGUGUCAAGACCCUAAUGAUGCUGUACAACUCCAUAACCGAAAUCGGCCGCAAUGACCUGGCCCUGUUGUACUUCCUGACCGAGCUCAACCUCAGCUAUAACAAACUGACCAGCCCCAAAGUGCACCGCGAGGCCUUCAGGAAGCUUCGUGUUCUGGAGACUCUGGAUCUGUCUGGGAAUAGCUUUCAAUCGAUGCCUGUUGGUCUUCCUCGCAGUCUGCAGGUGCUCAAAAUCAAGAACAACCAGCUGAACUCUAUACCGCAUGGUGCACUCAGGGGAAUGGAGAAGCUACAAAAGCUUGUCCUCAGCGACAACCAUCUGAAACUGAAUUCAGCGUACCAAGGAGCUUGGAUGGAGCUAAGUGCGCUCACAACACUAGACCUGUCUAGCAACCAGCUGUCACACAUCCCAUCUGACCUGCCUGAGUCUCUGGAGUACCUUUACCUGCAAAGUAACCGCAUCUCCAGCGUUCCUGCUUCAGCAUUUGACGGCACUCCGAACAUCAAAGGCAUCUUCCUCCGGUUUAACCGCCUCUCCGGUGUGCCCGUGGACGAGAGCUCAUUCGCACACCUGUCCAAUUUGCAAGUGCUGGACAUUGGAACAGGAAACAACAACAUCCAUUUGAAAAGAGAGGGGAUGGAGGAUGAACUGUAAACAUAAAGAUGUACGGGAUUAAACUAAAGUUGGACUACAUUGUGUCAAAGGUAGAAGAGCUUCUAAAUGGACCUGUGAUUGUAUUUUCACAAGUUCAUUAUAGUUACAUAUUUCUGGUGCCGGAUACCAGAUAGUUAGUUACUUUGUUUCCAUUUUUUGGGCUGGUUAGUAUACCAUAUCUUUAUAUCUGAGCUUUAAAUAUAUUUUUUCACUGUCUAUCAUCUCAAUGUGUUUCCAGCUUUAUUUAAAAAAAGAAGAAAAUAGUGGAUGAGUGUUUCAAUACCCAAUAUCUAAGCAGGGUGAGUUGUCUUUCUGUGUUCUAUGUCAUUUUGUUUGUUUCUUUGUUGUCUUGUCUCCCUUCCUGGCUUAAAAAAAGUGAUUUAUUCAAAAAAUUCUGUGGCAAAAUUAUUUUUUUUGUUUGCCAAUGUUAAUAAUUUUUCAAAUGACUUCAAGGGUUUAGCAUAUCAAGGACCACUUUUUGAUGACAAAUGGCCUUCAUCUUUCAGUAUAUGCAAAUCAGUGUACUAGCAUUCUGUCUGACUUUGUAUGCACACUGGCAGCUUUCUUUGUUAAAGGCGGAGUACUGUAUGCUUAAUGUAGUAAAUUGAAAUGAAUCAACAGGGGAUUAAUUGGAUGGGAUGCACAUAUUUGAUUAAGAAUUCAGUAUUUCCAAGUUGGAUAACCUUUUUUUAUUAAAACAUAGCAACUUGAUAAAUUAUUUUCCCCAUAAUUUUGUUGAAUUUUGCACUUGCUGUUACCAGCAGAUACAACAGCGAUGGUCAAACCUACCGGGACUAAAAUGUUAGGACAGUUGACCUAAAAAUUGCUGUCAGGUGAGCACUUUCUUUGUAUUUCCAACAUUGGAAUAAAUAAUGAGGAAAUUUGCUUUUAUAUGAAACUUAGAGUGAAAUGUAACUAUUAAGUGGACAGCAACAAUCCUGAAAAAACAGUGCCUACAACAUGGAAGAAUGUUGAUUUGAUUAUCUUUUUAUUAUUCAUUUGCCACGUGCUUGUGAAUGAAAGCAGUUCCAAUACAUCCCAAUCCAUGCUUCUGCUAUUUCAGUCCAUUCCUGCUUCUUCUUUUAUAGCAAAUAUUUUUAUAUGACAUUUAAAAACUCAAAGUAUUACACACCACUAUAUUGCUAUGAAUACAGUGUCACUUUUACAUACAGCAGUAUAUUAUUGUCACAUAUACAGUCAUUGAACACAGCAAUAAAUUAUUUUAAAAGGCUGAAGAAUGUGCGUUUCCUAACAUUCACCACAACGUCAGAUUGAUAUUUCAGCAGGUCCAUAGUGCCAAUAUUUAAUUGCGAUUAAUCAAAUGACAGUCUUGCGAUUAAUUGUGAUAAUAAUCCAUCAACGUGCUGAGGACUAAUGUUAAAUGUAUAUCCUCUCAUUAUAUAUAGAUACUCAUACGAGCAGCUAGUGCAUACAUCAUGUCCAAUAUUGUAAAUAUGUGCCAGGAACUGGAAAGAGCAAACAACACAUCUCAAAGUACAAUCUGUUUUCUUUCAAUGAGAACUAUAUUGGCAGCUAUAUUGGCAGCCCAUUCCAUCUGCAAUCGAUGAUGGUGGCUUUGCUCUGACAAAUUGGUCAAUUAAACAACAAAAUCAGUGACAUUUUCACUAGAAUGAGUUUGAGCCAACAUUCAUCUUUGAAAGAUAUGAGUCUACUUAAUAAACACUAAAUGUUGUAAUAACUCCUCAUCACACUGGCCACAAAGCCAAACUCCACAGGAAUGUAUUCGUCAUAUUUGUCGGAAUGUAUUUUUGUGACCCGAUGCAAUAAAAUACAUUCUUCUGUAGUGACUGGCAAUUUGAUGUGCCACCAUGAAUUACUGAUUUGACAGAAAAACAAAAGUCAAAUUUCCAAUGCGUGCUUAC